AUGCGAACAGAGACAGAGAGACCAUCGCUCGAGUUCACCUGUCGCUUCGACAACUGUCUUCGGCGCGAGCAAAUUCUUCAACAGAAAAUCCCGACAAUGUCGCUAUUCAGCUGUGCCUCAUUAAAUGACUUCGGCAAAGUGGACUAUGAAUACAAAUGCCCUGCAGAGACCAAAAACUUCGAUUAUAAUCCUUGUAAUCCACAUAAUCGCAAUCAGUGUCCAGCCGGAUUUGCUUGUCGUCCAUGUCAGCUCUUCACAAAUGAUCAUUUAACCAAUCAAAUUAGUUAUAUCUGUUGUGACUCAAGUAAAAUGACUAUUAAUGAUUGGUUUAUUGAACUUGGAAUAUCACCGCAAAUAAUUCCACAAACACCACAUUCACAGCUUGAAUCCGUGACAAUAAGCGAUUUCGCUUUCAAUGUGCCCUCGCCAUCGAUCAAAACGGGCGAUGAAAUUGAAGUGUCGGAUCAUCCCGAUUAUGUGACUGGAAAUGUCAAAACCUUAACCUUCAAAUCAAUGGUGCCUGCUCCAGGAGGAUAUUUGCAUGUCCUUCUACUUGUUGACCCAGUAAAGCGAGCAAAAGCCUUAUUCUUCAGUUAUGAUUAUCCUGCAACAGGCGAAUCAGUCUUGAACAUCGAUAUAACUGAUCAGAACCGACGAGGAUUUAUAGGCAUUGUUAGCAAUUAUUCCUUACCACAACAAAAAAUUUAUCGUCAUCAAUAUGUUGUUCUGGUCUAUAAGACGACCGAUUCACUGGAAGAAAAAGUUAAUAUUAGCGGCGACAUUAGGGGAAAUUUCGAAAACUUAUCCGAUUUUUUAACAAUCUCACCAACGGGUCAAAUGCUUGGAAGACCUAUAGCUGGAACAUUUUUUUAUUUAACUUCAAAAAGGACUAUGUUCAGAGUUGAAGCUGAAAAAAUUUACAGAAUGGACGAUUCUGGACAAAGUCGAUCAUCAUUCAUACUUGUUUCUAUUAUCACUGCCUUCAUUAUUGUAUAUAUUAAUUUAUUUUGGGCAUAA